CAAACCUAUAUCAGAAACAUAAUUUCUGUCUUUAGGAGGAAUAGUAUAGUGGUUACCUGGCAAAAUGAGGAAGAUAGAUUCUAGCAAUAAGCUAAUAUUAGUUAAAGUUUGCUUAUGUUUUAUUGAUUUGUUUUAUUGGGUUUCUGGGGUUAUGCUCCUGUGCAUAGGAGUCUCUGUCCAGAUGAAACUCCAUGACACUUUCAUGGUGGUGAAUGAAGCCUCGUCUGGUGUCCCUGUGAUUAUCACCAUUGUUGGUGGUGUGAUCAUCUCCAUCUCAGCCUUUGGUGCAAUUGCCAUACUGAAAUCCAAUCAUACGAUGAUCAAAGUGUUCACAGGCAUGCAGCUGAUUAUCUUCUUGAUUGAAAUCAUAGUUGGCAUCUCUGCCUAUGCUUACAGAGGGAAGCUGCAUGACAACCUGUUGAGAAGCUUCCUGAAGACUCUUGACAAAUAUAAUAGAGAAUCCCAAGUAACCAAAGGAGUAGACCACCUACAGGAGAAUUUCCAAUGCUGUGGUGCUCAGAAUUACACUGACUGGUUCAAUACAACAUUUGGAUCUCUCAAUUCAGCUGUUCCAAAUAGCUGCUGCAAGGUGAUAACGAAAAGUUGUGGACUGAAUCUAAGCAACGAUGCUGCUAACAUUAACCAACAGGGAUGCAUUCAAAAGCUGAAGAAGUGGGCUGGAGAACAUAUUGCUCUUAUUGGAGGGGUUUGCAUAAGUGUUGGAUUUGCACAGUUACUUGGGAUCUUAUUUAGCUACAUGCUACUGAGACUACUUAAUGAAGAUUAUGUGAACUUGGACUAUGUCAAACUAUCACUCCCUUGUCUAAAUCAUACCUAGAAAAGAAUGCCUUUCAGAACUACUUAUCUGAAGUCAGGAGGCCCUCCAGUGCUUCACCCAUUAUUCCGUGCUCCUGAGGGAAGAAAGCAAAAUACCUAUAAAUAAACUUUGUGUACAUCACUUCUGCAUGGAAAUCAGGAGGCUGUGUAACUUUAUUGAAAAGGGACACAACCUUCUGCAAUCAUUAUUAGAAACCCCCAGAACAUUAUUCCAUUACCUAUGCAGGCAGCUAACCUGUACUGAGGACUUUUCCCUGCAGUCUCUGCAGCAGCCCAAUGUACUUACAUGGUCCAUCUGUUUGCAAUGGAACUUUUUAAUGAAUUUUUAAUGCACCACAGUGCAGUUUCUUUGAGUACAAACUGAUCAAUUCUGUGCUCAUCCUUAAAGUUUAUGUAAAUUUUCAUUAGAGCUGACAAGUGAUUGAUUAAUUGCACUGUAAAAUAACAGGAUAUGAUUUAAAUAUUUUGAUUUCUACAUUUUAGAAUAUAGACCUCAAUUAAAACAGUGAGCACUGUACACUGUCAUAAAAAUAAAUAUUUAUGCUGUAAGAACAGUUUUUCAGUUCACAUCA